AUGUCGAUCGACGACCACAUGUUCCUCUGGAUCUAUGCUUUGAUGACCUUGGAUCCCUUCAUCUACGCCUUGGAACAGUUGAAUACCUCUAUUCUCGCAGGCGAAUCUCGGGUAUUUGGCAACAUUCAUUCUUACAUCUACCUGACUGACAAUCGACCUGCCGCCACCACGAUAGCUACCCCCAAACCUGAAUCGCUUCAACAGACUCAGGCUAGGAGCCUUCAUUUACUAGAGUAUCAGUCCCAGGAAUUACUUAGAGCGUUUUCUGAUCUCCAGGCCGGUAUUGUUGUCCCGAAAGGCCAGGUGUUGAAGUCAAAGAAAUGGCGGGAUAUAGCGCUCUCUCUAGAUGGCCAGAUACGCUUGGUGCCACAAGUUUUAGGUCACCGACAGGAAAUCACGAGGGAGGAUAUUUUGGAUGAGAAAGUUGGCACAGAAUCAGGCCAAUUUCAGAGAUCCAGCACGGGAGGACGUUCUUCGAAAGAGAGUAAAGUCAAAAUCCUUAUGGAGUAUCUUGUGGAGCACGAUCAGAAAUGGCGUCUUUCAAUGGCAGUUGAUCGCGAGAGUUACCGACCAGUUGUCAGAAUACGGCAGGACGUGAACGAUACAAAGCUUCCAGAUCCUUUGUAUGAGCGAGGCUUUCAGGAAACAUUUGGAUUUAGUCUGACUACUGGAAUCUCAGAAUCCUUUGUCACCAAUAUAUCCGAAACAUUCCAUCUCCCACAAAGCUCGUCAAAGAGCUUGGGGAAGAUACUUCGUAGGCUGUUCAAGAUAUUCGCCGACGGAGAAGCCAUCAGUCUGGAAGUAGAUCUUCUGUAUCUUGCAGAUGGUCAAUUCAUGUGCUCAAACUCUCUAUUCUGGUUCGAUGACGCUGCUAGAGAUCGUCAGCACGCUAUUCACGAUUUGCGGGCUAAAGAGCAAGAAGUUGAAGAGGAGCUUUACGCGGAAGAGCAUGGCUUGGUAUAUAUCAAGAUGAACGGCAGUGUUGGAACUGUUGUAAACGGGGCUGGCUUGGCAAGUGCCACGAAUGAUGCGAUCAGGUUAUAUGGUGGCUCCAGCGCCAACUUCCUCGAUGCAGGGGGCCAGGCCACCAAGGAGACUAUGCUGCAAGCCUUCAAAAUUAUCAUAGCAGAUCAGGACGUCAAGUCUAUCUUGGUGAACAUAUUUGGUGGCAAGUAUGACGUCCUUGAUGACUCGACUGGAACUAACAGACGGACAGGUAUCACGAGAUGCGACAUGAUAGCAGAGUCGGUUAUAGCUGCAGGUAAAGAGCUUGGCCCUUUUCGCGUUCCUUUAGUGGCACGAUUGCAAGGAACCAACUCAGAGGCCGGGCUGAAGAUGCUCGCCGAUGCGAAUCUGGGAAUCCAUGUUCAAGGAGAUUUCGGGGAGGCAGCCAGGAAGGCAGUCGAGUUAACGGGCCGGGACCCAGAGAGACUCACCCACAGCAGAGCAACAUCAUAA